AUGCUCGAGGGUAUGCUCCUGGAAAAGGGCGUCCAACCCCCUCCUGCUGUACACCCCCCUAAAUCGAGACAUGAAGCUCCGAUGCCCACAGGAAUGCCACACGGACAGCAGAAGGAUUUGGACGAGCGAUUAAAUGCUCCCGAAGUUCCUUCUCCGCCCGAAUCUGGGACAGAAGAUUGCAAAGAGCCUUCGCCCAAAGGACAGUCUUCUUCCUGUCUGCCCGAAACGGGCGUGGAGGAUGCUAUCCAACGCCUUCUGUCAGUGAGAGGAACACACUCUUUUGAUCAGUUCGCGGGACGGCUACGGUUUUUCGGGCCUACCUUUAACCCUCUUGCACGUCAAACAGAGCCCACGGACGAUUCUGUAUGCCGCGAGCCGCCAGAACAAGUCCGCCGAGCUGAGAACAUUAUCCGAUCCUUGACAGGCCCGACUCACGACUAUCUUAUGAACAACUUCUGGACGCAUUACAACAGCGUGCUCAGGGUUGUUCAUCGAGAAACUUUCGAGUCUAGCCGGGAGUCUCAGGACCCAAAGUUCUACUCGCCAUUGCUACACGUUUCAAUUUUGGCCAUGGGAUUCCGCUUCGCCGACCCUGGCCGAGAAGACACCAGGCGGAUUGCAUUGGCAAACCGGGAGAGCAGCUUACACAGGGAGGCCAAACGCAUGCUCGAGGUUGUGCUCGAAAGGUCUGGCGGCAUCCCUAGUGUGCAGGCUCUCUUACUUCUCAGCGAUUUGGAAUGCGGCGUCGGAAGAAACCAUACAGGCUGGAUGUAUGCUGGAAUGGCCAACAGACUGGCUUUCGACAUUGGUCUUCACAUUGACAGUCGUGAGAAUGGGAUUGGCGAGCAUGAGGCCGACGUCCGUCACACGGUGAUGCGAGCUUGUGUAGUAUACGACAGGUACUGGGCGCUGUUUCUUGGUCGGCCAACUAGUAUAAAGACCCAGGAUAUUGGCAUCAACCUGCCCUACAGAGGGUGCUCGCAGAAGUUGGCCUCACUCGCGGGACGACCUGGACAUGCCAACACUACAAACGAUGCCGCGGAGAUAUACGACUAUCUUGUCGAGUUGAUGGAGCUCGCUGGUUGCAUCCUUGAAACGGGCGACAGACGUCAGGCCCGGGAUGCACUUCAAUACAACGCCUACGUAUACGCCAUCGACCUGCAUCACCGUCUUCAAAAAUGGUACAGACGGUUACCUGAGCAUCUGCGAUGGAAACCUGCCAACAGCAAACAUGCCCCUCUGGGAUAUUUUCUUCUGCACCAGCAAUACCAUGUGUCCAUGAUACUGCUCCAUCGCCCAUGGGCAAUGCACGCAGAGAACGGCGGUGACGACAAAAGCACCGGUCCGUACUCGACUCCAGAUUCAAGUUCUGCCUCGGUAGGGCCUUCAAACCAGCAUCUCAACGACCCUCCGGAGACGAAAAGCCCCCAUCUGGACAUGGAACCUGGCAGAACAGCGUCUUCUCGUAGAAUCUGCGAUUUUCACGCAACAUGUGUAGCAAAGAUAUUCUGGCAGCACCGCCAGAAAUUUGACGGUACCAAGAUCGUCAUUACAGCCGUCCAGCACGCUGUGACGGCAGUCAUUGCCCUGGUCGCGGCAGCAACGUAUACCCAGAGUGAUUCCGACAGACGAAAAUACCUUGCGCACCUCGAUAUACUGAAAAGCGCCAUCAGUGACAUGGGGCGAGUGUACGAACCAGCGGCAAGCAUGGAGGCUCUUUUGAAGGUUGCUCUCAUGCAGCUCCGAUCCAACAUUGGCAACCCCAGCGACUCUUGUCGGCCGCCAGUCGCGUUUACCGACAGUGAACACGGUUCGCUUUUGACCUCGGGCGGGAGACGCAGUGUGGAUAGUGUUCAUCUGGUCGUGCCGGCGAGGCGCGAAGCAAAUACUUUCGACGCUCAACCGUACAAGAGACGGCGUCUAUCUGCCCCUAGUCGAGGAACCUUGGGGUUCGACCGUCCGACUCUACCAUACCUCACCGAACAGUCCAAAAAGUCGCCUCGCAGGUCUUCGCAAAGCUACUGCCAUGUCGGCAGUUACCCUUCGUUCGGCCUGAAUGCACUUACCACAAGCGACAGUGAUGGUUCUGGUUUCAACUUGGCCCUCUUCAAUAGGCCAAGUAGCGAGCUACAUGGGCCCUUGGGAAAUAAUAUCAACCCUAGAGAGGAGUCUAGCCUUGUUACCACGCCAUCUGACAGUUGGCAAAUUAACACACUCGACGAAAGCGUCACACCCAUGUCCGAACAGGGAGACUUCGGUUACGAUGAGUUGAUGAGCGAACACGACUCAGGUACAACGAGCGUCGGCUUUGAUUCGCCGUCAAUCUCUCACGAUCUCGUCCGGGGAAGUGAAGAUAUUGGCCCAAAAACCGCGACCGUGUCACGAAGGCUCAGAGGCGAUCAGAUGACCCAGAGCAAUACCGAGAGUAAGACAAAGAACCAGAUUACCUCGCCGGUAGCAGACUUCUUAUGCCAUGGGGGUAUGGGCUGGAUAGGCGGCGAGAACGCUCUCAACACAGUGUGCUCUGUGAGCCUUGGUGAGCUGGUGCAGGAUUCAAUCGCGGACGCGGUAGUCAGGGAUAGGGCACGCGGAGCCCCCAGAAACCAUGAACUGGAUUUUUUGAGUCUUUGA